AUGGCUGAUCGUCUGACAGAGUUGCAGGACGCUAUUAAUUUGCAAGCUGAGAAUCUCGGUAACGCUGUUGGAGUAAUUCAGCAGCUUGCACAGCCAAGUCUCUUCCGUGAACUUAAUCAUAACGGUCGUAGAGAAAAGGAGUGGGCCUCCAAUCCAGAGUUUCAGGCGCUUUUGCAAAAUCAAAGUCAAGAAGAUAACGCUCACAAAUUUGCUGUUACAAUAGCGACUACAGCGAAACAGAUUGAACUGUUAAUUAAUUCUCUCCCUGCUGAAGAGGCCUCUUUGGAACUUCAAGACGAGGUUACCAGACAUCUUCUAUCAGAAUAUCGUAAAGAGAGCGCCAAACUUGUGCAUCUAAUCACCAAGAGCUUCCAGACACGCCUCUCCAAGGUUCGGCAACUUUUGAGCAAAAUCGCCGAGGUUCAACUCCUUACAAGAACACUAGAAAACGAAGUAAGUUGUACACCUUGUCUUGAUAUGAUUAAUACGAUAUCUGGUAGGUGUACAACGACUUUUACAAUGCAACGACCGGAGAUGUCGAUUCUAAUGACUACUGAGGCCGACGUUUUAUCUGUCUGGAUGCAUUAUCUCUCCCUCUGUCUAGCAGCAAUAAUCAUCUGCCGUUUUGUUGGCAUCCUCCUCCCUAUUCUCGUCCCCAAGUUAGCUGCACAUCUCUUACCCUCCUGUCGUGCUCAUUAUCGAGCUUCCCAACUCAGAUGUCAAGAAGUGCGUGACCUUCGGAAAAAAAUGAGUCAACUCAACAUGGUGGACAAUUUUGCGGUCUACUCUAAACUCGAGCGCAAAGUUAGGGCUCUGGAUAGGCAACAAGCCGAGUCGGACCGGUCACAGCUGGGCACGACGCUAGUUUGCGGCCUUUUCGCGCAGUGUUUGCGCUACCUCCUCCAUGCUGUCCUCUUGGCUUGGUUGGUCUAUGGAGCACCUCGGGAGAGACUAUCCGAUGAACGCUUGGCCCUGCUGUAUGAAACUCGUGCCUUGGUUGGCAGCCUGGUGCACUGGACUCAUUACAUCCCCAACUGGGCUAUUUCCAUGCUCUGGAUACCACUGUGCGAGGCUACGGCGUCUCUCCUACUCUCAAAAUUUCAGAGGUGCAUAGAAGGAGAGGAGGCAGAUGUAGAGGUGGUGCCAGCAGGGGAGUGA